AUGGACUGCGACGACCAGUCGUACUUGUGUUCGGAGGAAGUGAUCCGAAUCGCCGGAGCAAGGUUCCUCAGCAGAUCCGUUUCCCAGCAGCUGUCUGAACAAGGCAUGAGAAUGGUGGAUCUGGUGGAGACCCUUGUAGCUGCCUCCGAUAGAGUAGCCCGCAACGACCUGGACCAAGCCGCCGCGCUUCUCAAGGAGUGCAAAAGGUCCUCUUCCGCAGCAGGAAACGCCAUCCAGAGGUUGGUUUUCUAUUUCUCGGAAGCCCUGCAAGAAAGGAUGAUCAAUUCGCAAACCGCACGGCCACCAUCUUCAUCUUCAUCUUCAUCUAGUACGAGCUGUCUUCCGAUGGGCGUAGCAUCACAAUUCGCCGGGGUACAAGCCAUCGUGGACGAGGUCACCGGGGGGGCCAAAAGGCCGGUUCACAUCAUCGACCUCUCCCUCAGAAACGGUGCUCAAUGGACCAUCCUCAUGUCGGCCCUAGCUGCUUCUUCCUCUCCACCUCAACGUCUCAAGCUUACUGCCGUCGGAUCUCAGUCUCAGAUGGAUGAUUCUAUUUCUAGGCAGAUGAUGGAGGAAACGGGGAACAGGCUAGCGGGUUUCGCCGCGACCUUGAACAUGCCCUUCUCCUUCCACAUCGUCAUGGUAUCAGAGCUCUCCCAUCUCAAGGUCCACAUGUUAGGCCUGCAUGCUGACUACGAUGACGACGAAGAGGAAGCCGUGGCGGUGUACUUGGAUUACGUGCCGAGGAAGCUGCUUAGGUCACCAACCGAAUUCGACAAACUCAUGAGAACGAUCAAGAGCAUAGAUCCUGAUGUGGUGGUGGUGACCGAGGUGGAGGCCAACCACAACUCCCCGGCGUUUGGGUCCCGCUUCAUGGAGUCGCUCUACUUCUUCAGCGCCUACUUGGACGCGACCGAGGCCUACUUCUUCAACGACGACUACUGCAGGAUGGCUGUGGAGUCGGUGUACUGUGGGGAGAGCAUAAGGAACAUUGUGGCGUGCGAGGGGGAAGAGAGGGUCGUCAGGAACGUGCCACUUCGAGCCUGGAGGCUCUUCUUCAAGAGGUUUGGAAUGGUGGAAGUUGAGAUGAGCUCGUCUUGCUUCCACCAGGCCAGGCUUGUCAUUCACAAUAUUAAUGCUGCUGGGUGCCGGGAUUUGUGUACGGUGGAGAGGGAUAUUGGUGACAAGAGCUUGGUUCUUGGAUGGAAAGGCACUCGCCUGCAUUCGGUUUCUGCUUGGAAGUUCCGCCACAUACAUACAUAG